AAUGGUUCAAAUCCUAAUUAAAUGAAUUGCUAAUCUCAACAACCCAGACAACUCAAACCCAUUGAAUUGCUAAUCAAGCCCUUGGAGUUAGCUCAAGUGGUGAAGAUCGAUGCGGAAAUGGGUUAGGGUUAGACAAGGUCAAGAAAGUGGCAACAUGUUUGGGACAGCGAUAAGGUGUAUUGCGAGGAAACCAAAACCGCAGAUGAAACCCAUAGAGCUCAAAACCCCACCUGAGCAGACGCAGACCAUCACUAGGGCCAUCUUCGAUAUCGUCAAGGAGCAUGGUCCUCUCACCAUUGCUGAAACCUGGGAUCACGUUAAGGAAGUUGGGUUGAGAGGAUUGACGAGCAAGAGGCACAUGAAGAUAGUGUUGAGGUGGAUGAGGGAGAGGCAGAAGCUUAGACUAAUUUGCAACCAUGUAGGCCCUCAGAAGCAGUUUCUGUAUACGACUUGGUUUACAAAGCCCAACCUCAAGCAGCAGGGAAAACCAGUAAAUGAUUCUCCACAACCCAAGUCUCCUUGAAGCCUGUGGAUUAUUAGCUAAGAAUAUUGCUCUACCGUUAUCAAACUUUGAGUUGUUGUGCUACAUCCAUCAAUGUAAAACUAGAAGCUAAAGGGCUAAGUUGUAAUGGGUCUCUCUUUCCUGUCAGUGAUUCAUAUUUAGUUAAUGGUUUGG